UCUAACCCUAAAUCUAUCUCCUCCAUCACUUUCUUUCUCGCCGUCGUUUCCCUUCAUCCCAAGUUUCGACUCUCUAACCGCAGCUACCGUCGCCGUCCCUUCACUGUUGCUUAUCGGCGCCGACAUAGCCCACUUCACCUGCUGUAAGAACGACAAACCGAGUGGUUGAACUCUAGUAAUGAAUUCGUUGUCGCGAAACCUAUCAUGCUCCAUCAGAUCUUCGUUGCACACCAAUUGCCUGCAGCACCUUCACUAUCAGCAGCAGCAAUGGAGGGGGAUUAGAGUGAAGGUACUGAAUGGAAAUUUGGAGCGGGCACUGACAUUUUUGCAAAGGAAGAUGCGAUCGAGCGGAAUUGAGCGGCUGAUUAAGCGUGAACAGACUCAUCAUAUAAAGAAUUCUGAGAAACGAGUUUUGGCCAGAAAGAAUUUGGAGCGCAAAAUUCGAUCGCAGGACCUCGCUCGCAAGCUCAAAGCCAUCCUUAUAAAGAAAGUCAGGGGUCUGUAAGCAUGUGGUAUGUGGCAUUAUAGUUUCACAGGCAUCUCCUCUUAACUAUGGCUGCCUCUUAAAAGUGCAAUUGAAGUUCCUUUAUUCAGCAGGAAGGCGCCAACGAGCUGUUUAUCUUACAUGGCUUUCUAUCGUUUAUUUUUCUCUUAUCUGAGCAAUUUUUCUGCCCGCUAUGGUACCUCCCAAAUUCUAUUGCUCCUCUUUUGAAAUAUAUAAAAAUUGCCCAUAAGGGUCCUAUAAUAGUGAGUUUAAAGGGAGUGAACUCAAUUCAAUGGUGUGUCUAGAUGUUAUAUGGGUCAGGGUCAGGUGGGUUGUCUUGUGAGAUUAGUCGUAAGGGUCAUGGGUAUAAUAAGGAGUUUAGAGGGAGUGAAUUCAAUCAAUGGUGACCACUUAGAUUUAACAUCUUACUCGUGUUUUUGGUGUCUAGAUGUUGUAUGGGUCAAGUGGGUUGUCUCGUGAGAUUAGUCGUAAGGGUCAUGGGCAUAAUAAGGGGUUUAGAGGGAGUGAAUUCAAUCAAUGGUGACCACUUAGAUUUAACAUCUUACUCGUGUUUUUUGUGUCUAGAUGUUGUAUGGGUCAAGUGGUUGUCUCGUGAGAUUGGUCGUAAGGGUCAUGGGUCUAAUAAGGAGUUUAGAGGGAGUGAAUUCAAUCAAUGGUGACCACUUAGAUUUAACAUCUUACUCGUGUUUUUGGUGUCUAGAUGUUACAUGGGUCAGGUGGGUUGUCUCGUGAGUUUAGUCGUAAGGGUCAUGGGUAUAAUAAGGAGCUUAGAGGGAGUGAAUUCAAUCAAUGGCGACCACUUAGAUUUAAUAUUCUACUGCUUAUUUUUGGCGAUAUUGUAGGGUCGAGCAAGUUUUUAGAUGAGUUGCAUUCAAUUGGUAUCUUUUAUGACAACUUUUUUAUUACUAUAACUUUGAUCAUUGUUGUAUCAACAAAUUUAGCUAUUGAUCUGAAAUUCAACCUGAAGUUCAUGCAUAUCAAUCAUUCACUAUAAA